UAUGCAGCCCAGAGUCCUGGUUACGAUCACGCCGCCAAGGGCAACCUCAGACUUCAGCUGCUAAAACUACACUGCGCCCCUUUACAGCGUCGCUGCGCUUUACCGUGGAACACGUUUAUUCCGAGUGUUGGAUCAAAACGUGCGCACUACAAAUAUUACUAAAUAGAAGACAGCUGAAGUUAUCUCCGCCUAAUCUCUUGGGAUUUUGGCAGAACAGAACAGAGUCACCAUGGAGUUGCCGGAUAUUCCUUUCCCAAUAACCUCUCCAGAUGACUUCUACGACGACCCUUGCUUCAACACCAGCGACAUGCAUUUCUUUGAGGACCUGGACCCGAGACUCGUUCAUGUGGGUCUCCUCAAGCCGGACGACCACCAUCACAAAGAGGACGAGCACAUCCGGGCACCGAGUGGGCACCACCAGGCUGGCAGGUGCCUCCUGUGGGCCUGCAAAGCCUGCAAGAGGAAGACCACCAAUGCUGAUCGCAGGAAAGCGGCUACCAUGCGGGAAAGAAGGCGACUGAGCAAGGUGAACGACGCCUUCGAGACACUGAAGAGAUGUACGUCUACUAACCCAAACCAGAGGCUGCCCAAAGUGGAUAUCCUGCGGAAUGCCAUCAGCUAUAUUGAGUCUCUCCAAGGCCUGCUUCGUGGGGCCGGACAGGAGGGCAACUAUUACCCGGGGAUGGAUCACUAUAGCGGGGACUCGGAUGCGUCCAGUCCCCGCUCCAACUGCUCAGACGGAAUGAUGGAUUUCAAUGGUCAGUCUUGUCCACCAAGACGGAGAAACAAGUAUGAUAGCACCUACUUCAACGAAGCACCAAAUGAUUCCAGACAGAAAAAGAACUCUGUUAUUUCCAGUUUGGACUGCCUGUCAAACAUCGUGGAGCGCAUCACUACGGAUACCUCUGCCUGUCCCGCUGUUCAGGACGGUUCCGAGGGUAGCAGCCCCUGUUCUCCCGGGGAUGGUUCCAUAGCGAGUGAGAACGGAGCCCCCAUCCCGUCCCCGAUCAACUGCGUCCCAGCCUUACAUGAACCAAACACCAUCUACCAGGUGUUGUGAAGUCGGGUCGGUGGACUGCAUACAGUAAUUGUACAUUCUUCAAAACACAACUUAUUCCUUAUGGGGAGAGAAAAUGCCAAAGACUUGCCUAAGGUCGUUACAAGGCUACACACCAAAGAAGAUCCGAUACCGGCUUUGAAAGACGUAAAAAAAGGACGGGUGUCCAAUUUCUUAAAGAACCCUUGGUCUACAUUGGAUAAUGUGUGUGUGUGUGUGUGAAUGUAUGUGUGUGAAUGUAUUUAUAUUUUAGUAAGCCUAUGCUAUUCUAAGAUAGUGCAAGUCUGAAUUCAUAUAAACGGAUACCAUUCUAUUUGUGAUCGACAUAAUUUAAUUCAAUUGAUUAUCUGUAAUAUGAACAUUUCCAGUUGGCAAGGCGGAAACGCCGGAGAUAAAUGAAUCCGGAAAGUGAGGACCAUUUUGUAUAUGUGUAAAUAAGAGCUGCUUUGCAAAAAAAAAAAAAAAAAAAAAAACGAACAACACACAGGAAGUGUUUGUAAUCAUAUUUAAUGUUGCUCUUGGAUUGUUGUGUUAGAUUUUUAACUUUAUAUUUAUAAUAUCAAGAACAGAGUGAAUUACAUUUUAAUAAAUAUAUAUUUAUAUAGA